AUGCACAUUCUCACAGAAAACAAUACAAAGAAGGCCGGCAAGGCGCAGAAGAACGUCCGUGCCACGGACAAGAAGAAGAAGAAGCGCAGGAGGAAGGAGAGCUUCAGCAUCUACAUCUACAAAGUCCUGAAGCAGGUAUAUCCCGACACGGGCGUUUCCAGCAAGGCCAUGUCCAUCAUGAACAGCUUCGUGAACGACAUCUUCGAGCGCAUCGCUGCCGAGUCCUCGCGCCUGGCGCACUACAACAAGCGGUCGACCAUCACCAGUCUAAUUACACUUGAAGGUAAAUUAGACAACAGGAGUCCUAGAAUAUCGAAAGUAAGAACAUUUUACCAAAUGGUCGUAAAGGACUUCAAGGACAUUAAAAAUAAAAAUCCAGAUGCGCAGAAGAACGUCCGUGCCACGGACAAGAAGAAGAAGAAGCGCAGGAGGAAGGAGAGCUUCAGCAUCUACAUCUACAAAGUCCUGAAGCAGGUAUAUCCCGACACGGGCGUUUCCAGCAAGGCCAUGUCCAUCAUGAACAGCUUCGUGAACGACAUCUUCGAGCGCAUCGCUGCCGAGUCCUCGCGCCUGGCGCACUACAACAAGCGGUCGACCAUCACCAGUAGGGAGAUACAGACCGCCGUGCGCCUGCUGCUGCCCGGCGAGCUGGCCAAGCACGCCGUGUCCGAAGGUACCAAGGCCGUUACCAAGUACACGAGCUCCAAGUAAGCUGCGGUUCGACC